CAAAGGAGAGUCCAACCAAAAUGUUAUUGACCUGGCUGGUAGCGUCAGGAGACGCCCACUAGGAUCAAUAAUUCGUUACGUAAUACAAAAGUUCUCCUCGAGAUUUACAUCCAUGGACUCGAGAUCAUCGGUGAACUUCAGUGGGCACCAAUAUUUGCGACAACGUCUAGUCUUCUCCAUCCUCACCGGAAAGCAUGUCAGAAUUGAUAAAAUUCGCUCCGAGGACAAGAAUCCUGGUCUGAGAGACUACGAAAUUAGCCUCCUGCGGCUGCUGGAAAAAAUUACUAAUGGGUCCGUCAUUGAAAUCUCUGUGACCGGUACCGCUGUACUCCUCAAACCAGGAGUCGUGUCCGGUGGCCCUAUUACCCAUGAUUGUCCACUGUCGCGUUCAAUAGGUUAUUUCUUGGAGCCGCUGAUCAUGAUCGCGCCCUUCUCGAAAAAGCCAUUCCAGUUGACCUUGCGAGGCAUAACAACAGAUGACAAUGAUCUUUCUGUCGACCUCAUUCGCACUGUAACACUACCACAUCUCCAACUUUUCGGUAUCUCUGAUGGAUUGGAGCUUCGGAUAAAGAAACGUGGUGCUCCUCCAGAAGGCGGAGGGGAAGUUCAGUUCCUCUGUCCUGUUGUUAAACAAGUAAAAACUCUUAACUUUGUUGAACCUGGAAGCAUCAAACGAAUCCGAGGGAUCGCACAUGCCGUCCGCGUUAACCCGCAGUUCUCUAGUCGCAUGAUCGACGCAUCACGUUCAGUUCUCAACCGCUUCAUUCCCGACAUCUACCUGUACUCCGACGUCUACAAAGGAGAUGAAAGCGGAAAGUCGCCAGGAUACGCACUAAGCUUACUUGCGGAGUCCACUACGUCUGCCAUACAUUGUUCUGAAGCUGUAUCCACACCAGGCAAAACUCCCGAAGAUAUAGCUCUAUUGGCAACUAGGACCCUUUUGUCAGAAAUUAGACAUGGAGGAUGUGUUGAUAGAAAACAUCAAUCUCUAGUCCUGUUGAUGAUGGUACUAGGUAGCGAAGACGUCGGCCGAUGUAGAAUGGGAGAGCCCUCUGUUAGAACCAUACAAUUUCUCCGUGAUAUCAAGAUCUUCUUUGGCACCUUCUUCAACAUCGCACCCGCAGAUCCUUCAGAUCCUUCCAGCACCGAGUUGCUUUACUCGUGUCUUGGGACUGGCUACGUGAAUGUGAACCGGACACUCGCGUAGCGAACUGUCCAUCAAAAGUAUAUGUAUUCAUGCUUUAUAACACUAUGCAAUGGAUUCGUGUAUUAAAUGGUGCAUAACGGACACCCUCAAAAUAUCCACGACAAAACUCCGAGGAAAAUUCUUGUCGUGUGAGAAUUUUAUUUGGGAUUCCGUCGUAGAGAAAACAUCAUCCAUAUUUGCACGAAGCUGAAAUCAUGCGGAAGGCAUAAUAGGAGGA